GGGGCUGAAGAGGCGGUGCUGCGGGCCUCCUUAUCUCCGGAGCCAGCCUUGGCUCCCUGGCGCGGGGCCCCUCAGUCCGGGCUUUUUGCCAUGGGGUCUCUGCUCCUCCUCUUGUUGCUGCUUUUGCUGUCGCCCUCCUACCCGCGAGGCGCGAGCGCGCGGAGGCGCCGGAGUGCGCGGACGCAAGGCCCGGGAGGCCCCUUUCCCGCGCCCCCGGAGACCUCAGCACCCUUCUGGGUGCGCAUAAGCCCCGAGCUCAAGGCCGUGCCGCCGGGGGGCUCAGUGUGGCUCAACUGCAGCAGCAGCUGCCCCCUACCGGAGGGUUCCAGCCUCCGCACCGAGCUGCGGCGAGGCGACACGCUCAGUGGGCCCGGUUGGGUAUCCUACCAGCUGCUGGAUGUGAGGGCCUGGAGCUCCGAUGUGCACUGCUUCGUCACCUGCGCGGGAGAAACGCGGGGGGCCACCGCCAGGAUUACCGCCUACAAACAGCCACGCAGCGUGAUCCUGGAGCCUCCGGUCUUAAUGGGCAGUGAGUACACUCUGCGCUGCCAUGUGACACACGUGUUCCCCGUGGGCUUCCUGGUGGUGAUUCUGAGGCGCGGUGGCCGGGUCAUCUACUCCGAGAGCCUGGAGCGCUUCACCGGCCGAGAUCUGGCCAACGUGACGCUGACUUACGCGUUACGCGCCAGGCCCAGUGACUUCGGGCAGCCCGUUACCUGCUACGCCCGCCUCAAUCUCGAUGGCCUGGUGGUCCUCAGUAGCUCGGCACCCAUGACGCUGCCAGUCCUCGCUUGGAGCCCUGCGUCCAAAGCCUUGGCCUCCACCUCCAUCGCAGCCCUUGUGGGGAUCCUUCUUGUAGUGGGAGCCCUCUGCCUGAGAAAGUACCUGUCGAUGAAGUCUCGGGCAUAGAGGCAGUGGUCCAUGCUGGCUGAGCUGGAGGAAAAAGGAAUCUGGAACAUUUGGGGGAACCUUGCCUGGAUCAAUAAAGCCUUCCUCAGCCAGCUUCUGCCCCUGGGCAUAAAGGUACCCCAUUAGUGCACCUCCUCU